UAACGUUUUGCGGCGGACGUGGAAGACGAUGCAAACUGCUCGUCGUGGAGGAGUGCGUGUGCGCGCAUCGACCGCGACGAUGCCGUCGCGAGAGCGUGGAUGGGAUGCGCGAGGGCCUGGGUGGCGCUGGGAAUGGGAUGGAGAAGAAGAAGAGGAAGAAGGCGUGGGUGUGGAUGGCAAAGGGCCAAAGCGCUGGGGACGCAGCAGCAACAGCAGCAGUUGGGGUAACAGAAGCACGCUGCGGGUGGUGCUGGUGUGGGGACUGGUUGCUGCGCUGGUGCUGGGCAGCGUGUGCGUCGUGGCAUGGUCCCUGUGGCUGAGCCACCAUGGCUUGAGCUGGCAACCACCUGAUCCUGCUGAUCUCGCCUCGCACGUGGGAGGCCGCCAGCAUCCGCCGCAAGAUCUCGUAUUUAUUAAAGAAGGGGACGUGCGUCCAGGCAACGUCCUCCGACAGGUGAAGGACCAGGAUAAACAGGAGGAGAUGGUGCUCCCAGGAUCCAUUCCCGUGCUGCCAAAGCUGGAGCAGAUGGUUCGAUUGUGGGCACGACACCAGUUCCAUAUCGUGCAGCCAAGCAAGCCAAAGCUGCUAAUCGGUGUGCUUUCCGCCCGUGGCCAUGCAACAGCCCGCCAUGCACAGCGGGCCACGUGGGGCUCCCUCCUGUCGGCCUUUACCAACCGUCAUCCACAUCCAUUUCCGAUUGAGCUGCGGUUCUUUGUUGGAGCGUCGUCUUGCCCCAUCCCACCAGAAGAUCGCGCAGACCCGUAUGGAUGUGAGCCCCAGCCCAUGAAGAAUCCAGUGUUUGAUCGUGAGGUGUUUGCCCAUGACAUCCCGCGUGACCUGGAGGGCAACGACGUCAAAGGAACAACAGGGACCGUGGUCGGCAUGGACUUUCGCGCACACCACCCCAUCACCAUCACCCGACUCGGUGCCUUUGACAGCGGCAGCGACGGCCUCAAGACUCCCGUUACUGUCACGAUCUGGGAUACAAUUCGCCAAACACCCGUGGUGUCCCGCACCAUCACAGGCACCGAAGGCACGCUGCGCGGUGGAGCAAGAUAUGUUGACGUGAAAGGGGUGGUGUUGACGAAGGACACGACGUUCACGGUGACGGCUGAAGGAUAUGGCGCCGACGAGCCCUUGCACACGCGCGCGUCCUCCAUCGCACGCGUGAACGAUGCCGGUGGCAUUAUCGAGUGGCUGCCCGUCAGCAGAACAGCGACAACCGAGCACGCGUUUCCAGACACCAUCAACACCCUCUCUCAGGAUCGGUUCAAGUUUGCUGCUGGCACGUUCGCGUUUCGCUCUGAGCGUGUGGCACCCGCCUCUGUCUUCUCACUUCCCUGGAAGGAUCACGUGUCGUAUCCGGUCAUCCACCUCACGUCGCGUGACGCGCUCAAGCUCGUGUUCGAAGUCAACACAUCCCUACUGGAAGUUGCCACACGAACGCAGAUGCAGGAGUGCAACGCGAGGACCGUUGUCAAGGACUGGACUCCACAAGCCUCGCGUGGGCAGCACGUUGCCAUGCUUUCAGACCUGGAUGAGGGGUCGCACUUCUUCAUCAGCAGGGACAGAUGUGCCACGGGAAUGAAGAUGGAAGUGAAUGUAUCUGCACCCGUCGACAUGCGCGAGACGCUGGAAAAGCUGCGGGCUUCCAGAUUUGAACGGCUGCAGAAAUAUAACAAAGUGCUCGAGCGCGAAGCAAAAGCCAUCAAGCAGGAGAUGCGCGAGCAUGGGGAUGUGGUUGUUGUCCCACAUCUUCAAGACACAUACAGGUCCCUGCCACGGAAGCUGUUGGGCGUGUACACGUAUGCAAGCGCUGCUGGCGCUCAGUUUGUGCUCAAGACAGACGACGACACCUUCCUCAACAUCCCAGAGAUUGUCGCACAGCUGGAAAAGAAAGAGGUUACUGCAACAUCAAAGCUGUGGUGGGGCUCGUUUCGGUGUGAUUGGCCCGUGGAACGAACAGGGAAAUGGGCAGAAUCCCACUUUCCAGGUCGGGUGUAUCCGCCGUUUGCGUGUGGGUCUGGCAGCGUCGUGUCUGGUGACUUGGCGGUGUGGCUGGCGCAGAGCGCGGGGGGACUGCACGACUUUCAAGGCGAGGACGUGUCGCUUGGCAUCUGGCUGCAGGCAGUCACGCCAACCAUUGUGCAGGAUGGGCGAUGGCAGUGCUUUGGAGCGGAUGUUGCCUGCAAGGAGGACACGUUGUUGUCGUCGCCGGAGCAUUCACCGACAGAUCUCAUGAAGAGAUUUGGGGAGUGGAAGAGGUGUGGCUCGUUUUGUGGUCGGUGUGAGGAUGAUGUGGGUGACAUGGAAAAACAGUAA